CCUUGGGCUGGUUGCAUAGCACAGUGGUUUCUGUUCUGAGCUCCUCAGAUUUCUCCUUCUCCCUCUUUUUUUGGAUAUUUUAUCUACAGUUCUAUUCUACCACCUUUCGCCGCUUGCUGUUUUUUCUGAACGCUUUCGUAGUCAGAGGAAGCUGGAUAAGAAGAGUGAGCGGUACUGAGAGAAGAACAAGAGAUGGAGGACAAGUCCCAAGUAUUGGAGGCUGUGUUGAAGGAAGCUGUGGAUUUGGAAAACAUACCCAUUGAGGAGGUUCUUGAGAAUUUAAGAUGUAGCAGAGAAGGUCUCACCUCUGUGGCUGCUGAGGAGAGGCUCGCCAUUUUCGGACAUAACAAGCUUGAAGAGAAAAAGGAGAGCAAAUUUUUGAAGUUCUUGGGUUUUAUGUGGAAUCCUCUGUCUUGGGUUAUGGAGGCUGCUGCCAUAAUGGCAAUUGCGCUUGCAAAUGGAGGGGGGAAGCCCCCUGACUGGCAAGACUUUGUGGGUAUCAUCACUCUGCUUCUCAUCAAUUCAACUAUUAGUUUCAUUGAGGAAAACAACGCGGGUAAUGCUGCAGCGGCUCUCAUGGCUCGUCUCGCUCCAAAGGCAAAGGUUCUUCGAGAUGGUAGGUGGAGUGAGCAAGAUGCCUCGGUUCUGGUUCCAGGUGACAUCGUCAGUAUUAAACUGGGAGAUAUUAUACCAGCUGAUGCUCGUCUUCUUGAAGGGGAUCCUCUGAAAAUCGAUCAGUCUGCACUUACUGGUGAGUCCCUGCCAGUGACAAAAGGUCCUGGUGAUGGUGUGUACUCUGGUUCUACCUGCAAACAAGGAGAGAUUGAGGCCGUGGUCAUUGCCACUGGUGUGCACACCUUCUUUGGGAAGGCUGCUCACCUUGUAGAUACCACUAAUCAAGUGGGUCACUUCCAACAGGUCUUGACUGCGAUUGGGAACUUCUGCAUCUGUUCAAUUGCUGCGGGGAUGAUUAUUGAGAUUAUUGUCAUGUAUCCUAUCCAAGACCGGCAGUACCGUCCUGGAAUUGAUAACCUUCUUGUACUUCUCAUAGGAGGAAUUCCAAUUGCCAUGCCCACAGUUCUUUCGGUGACCAUGGCUAUUGGGUCCCACAGGUUAUCGCAGCAGGGAGCCAUCACUAAGAGGAUGACAGCCAUUGAAGAGAUGGCAGGCAUGGAUGUGCUUUGCAGUGAUAAAACUGGGACUCUAACAUUAAACAAGCUGACUGUUGACAAAAAUCUUAUUGAGGUUUUUGCUAAAGGAGUGGAUCCAGAUACUGUUGUUUUGAUGGCAGCUCGAGCCUCGAGACUUGAGAAUCAAGAUGCAAUAGAUUCUGCCAUAGUUGGGAUGCUGGCUGAUCCAAAAGAGGCACGAGUGGGAAUCCAAGAAGUACAUUUUCUUCCUUUCAAUCCUACUGAUAAGAGGACAGCGUUAACUUACAUUGAUGGUGAAGGUAAAAUGCAUAGGGUAAGCAAAGGUGCGCCAGAGCAGAUUCUCAAUCUCUCAUACAAUAAGUCAGAUAUUGAACGCAGAGUCCAUGCAGUAAUAGAUAAGUUUGCAGAACGUGGUCUACGAUCUCUUGCUGUAGCAUACCAGGAGGUUCCAGAAGGGAGGAAGGAAAGUGCUGGAGGCCCAUGGCAGUUCAUCGGUCUUAUGCCUCUGUUUGACCCACCAAGGCAUGACAGUGCAGAAACAAUACGGAGGGCUCUAAACCUUGGAGUAAAUGUAAAAAUGAUAACAGGUGAUCAACUAGCUAUAGGGAAGGAAACUGGCCGUCGCUUGGGAAUGGGCACCAACAUGUAUCCCUCAUCUGCAUUGCUUGGGCAGGAUAAGGAUGAGUCCAUUUCUGCACUACCCAUUGAUGAACUGAUAGAAAAAGCUGAUGGAUUUGCUGGUGUUUUUCCUGAACACAAGUAUGAGAUUGUGAAACGCUUGCAAGCGAGGAAACAUAUAUGUGGAAUGACUGGUGAUGGAGUAAAUGAUGCUCCUGCUCUUAAAAAGGCUGACAUUGGUAUAGCUGUUGCUGAUGCAACUGAUGCCGCUCGUAGUGCAUCUGAUAUUGUUUUAACAGAACCUGGCCUUAGUGUUAUUAUCAGUGCUGUUUUGACAAGCCGGGCCAUCUUCCAGAGAAUGAAAAAUUAUACAAUUUAUGCGGUCUCAAUUACAAUCCGUAUUGUGCUUGGUUUCAUGUUGCUGGCCCUUAUAUGGAAGUUUGACUUUCCUCCUUUUAUGGUGCUAAUCAUCGCCAUCCUAAAUGAUGGUACUAUCAUGACAAUCUCAAAAGAUAGAGUAAAACCUUCUCCUCUGCCUGAUAGCUGGAAGCUCGCAGAGAUAUUUACCACUGGCAUUGUACUUGGAAGUUACUUGGCAAUGAUGACAGUGAUAUUCUUUUGGGCGGCAUACAAAACAAAUUUCUUCCCGCGAGUAUUUGGGGUCUCAACUCUUGAAAAAACUGCUCAUGAUGAUUUCCGUAAACUUGCCUCAGCGAUAUAUCUUCAAGUGAGCACUAUCAGUCAGGCCCUUAUAUUUGUGACUCGGUCUCGAGGAUGGUCUUAUGUUGAGCGUCCCGGUAUACUGUUAAUGACUGCUUUUGUGGUUGCUCAGCUGAUUGCCACUUUGAUCGCAGUCUAUGCAAACUGGAGCUUUGCUGCAAUUGAAGGAAUCGGUUGGGGUUGGGCUGGAGUAAUAUGGUUAUACAACAUCAUAUUUUACAUCCCACUUGAUUUCAUCAAGUUCUUCAUUCGUUAUGCUUUGAGUGGGAGGGCUUGGGAUCUUGUCAUUGAGCAGAGGAUUGCAUUCACAAGACAAAAGGACUUCGGGAAGGAACAACGGGAACUUCAAUGGGCACAUGCUCAGAGAACCUUACAUGGAUUACAAGUACCUGACACCAAGUUCUCCGACCGCAAUCAUUUCAAUGAACUCAAUCAAAUGGCUGAAGAAGCUAAAAGGAGAGCUGAAAUCGCAAGGUUAAGAGAAUUGCAUACACUAAAAGGUCAUGUAGAAUCAGUUGUGAGAUUGAAGGGGCUUGACAUUGACACAAUUCAGCAAGCCUAUACAGUCUAAGGUGUGCUUGCUCAGUUGCAGACUGAUACUGUAAAAAGUAGGGCACGCGUUAAUGUGCUGAGAGAAGUAGAAUAUAAUGAUGAGUAUUACACAGUGAGUUACCCUUAAUAUCCCCUUACUGGGCUUUUCUGUUUUGACUUUUGAGCGCUUAAACGAGUGCUUUUGUCUGCCCCUUCGUUAUUUUCUUUACUGCUGUUAAAAUAUGCCUUCUAAUCUGCAAAAUCUCAGUGUCUAGAAGCGGCUAUAUGUUAGCCAUUGAAAUUUCCAUGAGUUUUAAUGUUAAA